GUCUCCUUCGCAUGUUUUUUUCACUGCUCUGUUUUGUAAGAAAUCAUUUCUCGACAAAGAUCCGAUGCUCCCCGCGUGAAUUCUCUUCCUCCCUUCGCGCGUUUCUUCGAUCAGGAAUUUGUUCAUGGGUGCCCCUAAGCAGAAAUGGACAGCAGAAGAAGAAGCUGCCCUUAAGGCAGGAGUUGUUAAGCAUGGAACUGGAAAAUGGCGCAAUAUACUUUCAGAUCCUGAGUUUAGUUCCAUCUUGCGGUCACGCUCAAAUGUGGAUCUUAAAGAUAAAUGGAGAAAUAUAAAUGCAACAGCCAUAUGGGGCUCAAGGCAGAAGGCCAAGCUUGCUCUUAAAAGAAAUCAGUUGGCCACUAAACAUUAUGAUAACCCUAUGGCUCUAACCACUGUACCUCCAAGAGAAGAAGUUGUUGAUGUUAAGCCCCUUGCAGUUUCUAGUGGAACACCAAGAGUAACUGGUCCCAAAAAACUGAUUUCAAGGUUGGACAAUAUUUUAUUGGAGGCUAUUACCAGUUUGAAAGAGCCAGGUGGUUCUGACAGAGCUUCCAUUGCUGUAUGCAUAGAGGAGAAAUAUGCUACUCCACCUAAUCUCAAGAAGCUAUUGGCAACAAAAUUAAAGCUGUUGGUAGCAAAUGGGACAUUGAUAAAGGUGAAUCACAAGUACAGGAUUGCACCACGUUCAACUAUUUCUGAAGCAAGAAGAUCUCCUCUGCUUCCUCUGGAAGGAAGGCAGAAAGAUUCUUCUAAAGCAGAGAAGAAGAGCAUCAACUUUCUUACUAAAACCCAAGUUGAUGCAGAGUUGUCAAAAAUGAGGAGCAUGACUGCAGAAGAGGCUGCUGCAGCUGCUGCACAAGCAGUUGCAGAGGCAGAAGUUGCAAUUGCAGAGGCUGAAAAGGCAGCAAGAGAAGCAGAGGCAGCAGAAGCUGAAGCAGAAGCAGCAAAAAUAUUUGCAAAAGCAGCAGAGAAAGCUCUGAAGUCUAGGAUGCAAGAUACCUGAUGGCAUAAAUGGAUAGAUACCUUCCAUUUGGUCUUAGUUCGUUGCUGGAACCAUGCAUCAGACUAGACAUCAUGUUGGCCUGGUACAUCAACUGUGAUAAUAACUACAACUGUAAAUAUAAUGGGCUUGUAAAGAAGAAAAUGUGAGAUUAAUCCAUGAAGUUCUGCUUUUUGAACAAACAUUUGGUGAGGAGCUUAGAGGUUUUUGUGAUUAUAUAGCUUUAGCAUGAAGUAAAGGAUAGAGAUAUAGCAAAAGAAAUAGAGAUAGGCAUUUAUGAGGCACGUUUGAGAUAUGAUCUGUCUUUUGUGAGAGUCAAUGUAAAAUUAAACUGCAAUUUUGCAAGUGGGUGUUCAAGCUGUGUAGUUUUAUUGUUGGCUAACGGUCACUUCAAUAAAGGAACUUAUCUCUCUUUCUUCUUUCACGGAUGGGGGUUGGGGGUUUCAAUCCAGUCAUAUUUUGGUUUGAAUUGCAACUACACCAUCUGUUAGUUAAAAAAUAAAAAUGAUUAACUUACCCAAAAACUGCUUGAUUAUAUAUCUUUCUGUGAAGUUUGUAGGUCCAUACUUUUAAUCGGAUUGGAGCAGAAGUAGCUCCAGUUACCUUCAUUUUAAUCGAUUGCCUGGAUGCACAUUCCCGUGGUAUGCAAAAUACUAUAUUACCAUGAAGCCCUUUGGCCUUUGGUCCUGGUCUGCUAUGCGGAAACAAAGAUUACUUUCAAUCCAUAAACUGGCAAGGAAAAAAAAAUAUGACGGAUCAUUCCAAUAUCUUUCAAUAAUGAUCCAUCUCGUUGCCCAUCUAACAUAGUAUGCUUAAACAGCAAGCAUAACAUUGACUCCCUUAAAGGUAGCUGACGAUGGGCACGGAUUUUUACAGAUACAUGUACAAUGGGCUUGAUAAAGCAUAAAAUUGACUCCUUUCAAGGGCUAAAAACCAGAUCUCAAACUGAAGCAAGUCAUCCCUCCAUACUUAGUGACCAACUAACAAUUCCCUUUCCUCAUUUGAAGGAAUACUUCAAUAUAUAACCAAGACUCUUGAAACUGAGAAAAUAGAUAAUCAGCAGAAGAAAGCUCCAAAACAUAAAGACUAUAGAGAUGCAACAAUUAAAUGUGGCAGCACAUCAUUCCAAUAACUCCGAGUUCCCAGGUAGGUGCACUAAGACUUUGUACAAGUUAAAAAACACGACAAUUUGCUAAAGCAGCAGCUGCAUUUCAGCCUUGGUAGCAAAUGUCAAAGAAAUUUGGAAUAAAACCAUAUCUUGGUGUAUAACUACAGUAGCCAGAUAGGCUAAAAUGCAGUACUGUACUAACCAUAAUCAAGAGGAGCCAUGAGCCAGAUACUAUCAAUAAAGUUGAUAACACGCUGCCACAACAAUCAAAGUAUCAAACUGAACUAAGGAUAAAGCCAUUGCCUCCACUUCCAUCUCAUUGAGCAUUCUCAGUCUUGGAAACUAGCAAAAGAAUAUUUUAUAAAGCAUGGCAGGAAGCUAAACUACAGGUCCUAACAUUAGCCCAAAUAAAAGCACUUCAAUCCUCUCCACAGUCUAAUCCAAUCUAUUCAACACAUCUAAGGCAUCCAACAUCUCCAAAGAUUUCCAUAACAGAGAAGAUAAGUAAACAUUUUCCAAAAAGAAACAAUCUUUUCAGCUUGGAAGAUUAAUCCAGCUUCACACAUAUCAGACUAUCUUCAUUUCAUCAAAGCUUUUCGCUUUCAAAUUCCAAUGGUAAUGCCGCCAAAAAAAAAAAAUCUUGAAAAGUUUUUACCUAUUUCACUAAAACAGCAAUUAUUCUAAAUCAUUCUACAAACAAAAAAA